UUUUGUUGACAAUACAACUCUAAAACAUCACAACAAGUACAAACCAUGUCUGAUCAGGUACCAAUGGAUCAAACAGGUCAAGAUGACCGCCAACAGCAACAGCAUCACCACCAUCACCAUCAUCAUCACCAAGAUAAACAAUCACAACAAGUCCCAGUAGACCCAAGCGGGAAUCCCGCCAACAGAAUCGGAAAGUAUCAAAUCAUCAAGACUUUGGGUGAAGGUUCGUUUGGUAAAGUUAAGUUGGCCCAUCAUUUAGUCACGGGACAACGAGUUGCUCUUAAAAUCAUCAAUAGGAAAACAUUGGCUAAAUCAGACAUGCAAGGUCGUGUAGAACGAGAGAUUUCCUACUUGAGAUUGUUGAGACACCCACACAUUAUCAAGUUGUAUGAUGUGAUUAAGUCCAAGGAUGAAAUUAUUAUGGUUAUUGAGUAUGCCGGUAAGGAAUUGUUUGAUUAUAUCGUCCAACGUGGUAAGAUGCCUCAAGAUGAAGCUAGAAGAUUCUUUCAACAAAUUAUAGCUGCCGUGGAAUAUUGUCAUAGACACAAGAUUGUCCAUCGAGAUUUAAAGCCAGAAAAUUUGUUAUUGGAUGAUCAAUUAAAUGUCAAGAUUGCUGAUUUUGGGUUAUCUAAUAUCAUGACUGAUGGGAAUUUCUUGAAGACCAGUUGUGGUUCUCCAAAUUAUGCUGCCCCGGAAGUUAUUAGUGGGAAAUUAUACGCUGGUCCCGAAGUUGAUGUUUGGUCGGCUGGGGUUAUCUUGUAUGUCAUGCUUUGUGGUAGAUUACCAUUUGAUGACGAAUUUAUUCCUGCUUUAUUUAAGAAGAUUAGUAAUGGGGUUUAUACAUUACCUAAUUAUUUAUCACCGGGGGCUAAACAUUUAUUAACGAGAAUGUUGGUGGUUAAUCCGUUGAAUAGAAUAACCAUUCAUGAAAUAAUGGAAGAUGAAUGGUUUAAACAAGAUAUAGCCGACUACUUAUUACCACCUGAUUUAUCCAAGAACAAACAUAAGAAGAUUGAUAUUGAUGAAGAUGUGAUUAAAGCACUUAGUAUGACCAUGGGAUAUGAUCGUGAUGAAAUCAUAAAUGUUAUUGAACGUUGUAAUAAACUGAAUGCUCCACAACAACAAUCCAAUGAAAUCUUGGAUGCUUAUUUGUUGAUGAAGGAAAAUCAUUCCUUGGUUAAAGAUUUAAAGCAAUCUAAACAAGACAAGAUUGAUUCAUUUUUGUCACAAUCUCCACCGCCAACAUCAUUCACUCCAGGGUCUACCAGUUCUGCCCCUGGCGUACAACAAUCUUUAACUUACCAAACAUUGGCUACUGUUCCUGAUUUGUCACAAUUACCUACAUCAACAAUUGCAAUUUUACCAUCAUCAUUACCAUCUAUCCAUCGGGCAUUCAUGAUGGAAUUGAAUCCAAAUCAGUUAUCCUCAAACAUAAACCCUACCCCUACUAAAAAGCUGAAGACAAGAUGGCAUUUCGGGAUACGGUCAAGAUCGUAUCCCUUGGAUGUGAUGGGGGAAAUAUACCGUGCCUUGAAGAACUUGGGUGCAGAAUGGGCCAAACCUACUGAAGAAGAAUUAUGGACCAUUAGAGUGAGAUGGAAGUAUGAAAGUGGGGAUGCAAUGCAAGAAAACACGCCUAAUUUAAUGAAGAUGCAAAUCCAAUUGUUCCAAUUGGAGCCUAAUAACUAUUUAGUUGAUUUUAAAUUCGAUGGGUGGGAAACCUCCACGGGCACCCCGCAAGAUAGCUUCAAACAGGACUUAGAUGAAGUUGGUUCGUUUUCAGCUUAUCCUUUCUUGCAUUUGGCUACUAGAUUAAUUAUGGAGUUAGCAGUUAAUAGUCAAAGUGGAUAGUCUUAUAUUCUGUGUAUACAAAAAAAUUUUAGAAAAUGACAUUGGACCAAGUAUGUGCAUGC